GCCGCCCGCGUCGCGCUCCCAGGGAAACCUCUGCACGCCCUCCCAGGGCUGUUCUUCGUCGCCUCCCGGUUGCCAGCCACCCUGGGUGCAUCCGGCUAGCUCGGCUUCACGCGACCCAGAUUCCUGCCCCGCCCCCGAUCCUCCCGCGCCCGCAGCCUGUGCGGCAGCCGCGGCUGCCUCUGUCCAGCCUGUGCGCCGGGGACAAACGGCGUUGUUCGCCGCCUCGCAGCGCGCAACCCAGACGCCUGGGAAAGGCGGGGAUGGAGACAGGGUUGCCGCGCGUCGGGACCUGCUGAACCUGCCGCCGCAGAAGUCCAGUUUACACUUACACUUUGGCAAAACCUAGUUUGGAGCAGUUAUUUGAGGACAAUUCUGUAUAGCAUUGGACAGUCAAACAGGCACAAUGAAGCACUUCCUGAGGAUUUCUUCAAGCAAGAACUAACUCUCAUUUGCACAUUCCUUGAAACUGUUCAGAAUAAGCCACUUUUUUCUUAUUGUUCCAAAAGAAGACAUCAGAGUCACAAACUUAAGAUGAUGGAGUAGGUGUUACACUACAGAAUGCUGAUCCAGGUGUGCCUGUAUUUUUACUGUAAGUUUUUGUGGCGCUGUCUGAAAUUUGUAAUGAGGAAACUGACCGGAAGAUGUGAGUUGCAACGGAUCUGUUACAGUACCAAGCCUGGAGCUCCUAGAACCAUGAAAAUCGAAACCUCACUGAGGGAUUCAAAAAGUAAGCUGUUGCAGACUUCAGUGAGUGUUCACCCUGAUGCUAUUGAAAAAACCAUAGACGACAUCAUGGAACUGAAAAAAAUCAACCCUGACAUCAAUCCACAGUUGGGCAUCUCUCUUCAGGCUUGCCUUCUACAAAUUGUUGGGUACAGAAACCUUAUUGCAGAUGUUGAAAAAUUACGCAGAGAACCCUAUGAUUCUGAGAACCCCCAACACGAAGAAAUGCUUUUGAAGUUAUGGACAUUUUUGAAGCCCAAUACUCCACUGGAAUCUCGGAUUUCUAAACAAUGGUGUGAAAUUGGUUUCCAAGGUGAUGAUCCUAAAACAGAUUUUCGAGGAAUGGGACUUCUGGGGCUGUACAAUUUGCAGUAUUUUGCAGAAAGGGAUGCUACAGCAGCCCAGCAGGUCCUCUCCGAUUCUCUUCAUCCAAAAUGCAGGGAUAUCACUAAAGAGGAAAUAAGCAAAUUCAGCAAAACAGAAUGGGAGAAGAAAAGGAUGGAUAAAGCAAUUGGGUACUCAUUUGCAAUUGUGGGCAUCAAUAUAACUGAUCUGGCAUAUAAUCUUCUAAUUAGUGGAGCUCUCAAGACCCAUUUCUACAACAUCGCCCCAGAAGCCCCAACAUUAUCCCACUUCCAACAAACGUUCUGCUAUUUGAUGCAUGAGUUUCAUAAGUUUUGGAUUGAAGAAGACCCCAUGGACAUCAUGGAAUUCAAUCGUGUGCGGGAGAAAUUCCGUAAGAGGAUUAUAAAACAGCUGCAGAACCCAGACAUGGCAUUGUGCCCACAUUUUGCUGCCUCAGAAGGUUUAAUCAACAUGUAGUUGCCCACGCUGGUUUUAAUGGAUGCCCUGGAACACUGCCUCAUUGUAGUGUUAGAUCUCUGCUUAGGUCCCAGCUCACACACUGAAUGCACACAGUGAUUGUAUGCAUGCCUUUUGACACAGUAUUUUCUUCUCUUGGUCAUAACUAUCAGAUCCCCAGAUCCCACUGUUUCUGGAGUGAAUGUUCAUAUUGUGGCAUUAUGCAGUGUUACAUUUUGCCUUUACACCCAGGUAUGGAGAGAGUUUUCUAUUUUUUUAGAUGUUUUUCCCCCU